CAGUCCGUUUGACAGUUCGCAAGAGAAACGAAACCCUCAAGCCGCGUGUUUGCUCCGAAAUUCCGUCGCAAAUAAAUUUUCCGCAGCAAAACGUGAAGAAAAGUGGCAAUUUCCCCGCAAUUGGCAUCCUUUGCCAGCUGGCAUCCGUGUGUAUGUGAAAAAACGUGUCGAAAUAUCAUCCAACUCACGUAAAAGGCGCAUUGGACCGGUUUGCCCGGGGCAAGCACAUUUUUCGCUGCAGCGGUACCUGCACUUCCUUCUGGCGCUGCGAAAUCCUACCCGGCAAGGAGGAGAGAAAGAAGGUAACAUAGAAGAAGACGAGCUACGCAACACUGUUCUUUGUUUACAAACAAUUAACUGAGCUAAAAUAAACAAAUCCGGUGUGUGUUCACCAAUCAUCCAUUGUCACAAUUGCCGGCCGGACCCUAGAAGUGAAUUGAGACGCUAAUUAGCGACAACAACAACAGCUGAAAACAUGAAGUACAUCCUCGUCACGGGUGGUGUGAUCAGCGGUGUUGGCAAAGGUGUUAUCGCCAGCUCGUUCGGAACAUUGCUCAACGCCUGCGGCAUUCCCAUCACGUCGAUCAAGAUUGAUCCUUACAUCAAUAUCGACGCUGGAACAUUUUCACCCUACGAACACGGCGAAGUGUUUGUUCUGGACGAUGGCAGCGAGGUGGAUUUGGAUCUGGGAAACUACGAGCGAUUUUUGGACGUAGUUUUACACAAGGACAACAACAUUACCACCGGCAAGGUGUACAAAAUGGUGAUCGAUAAGGAGCGCGUUGGAGAUUAUCUUGGAAAAACCGUUCAAGUGGUACCCCACAUCACGGACGCCAUCCAGGAAUGGGUCGAACGGGUGGCAGUAACGCCGGUAAAGGAUAACGUUGUGCCGGAAGUGUGCAUUAUCGAGCUGGGCGGAACGAUCGGUGACAUCGAGGGAAUGCCGUUCGUAGAAGCCUUCCGCCAGUUUCAGUUCCGCGUGAAGAAGGAAAAUUUUUGCGUCGCCCACACGUCACUCGUCCCGCUGCCCCGGGCUACGGGCGAACCGAAAACCAAGCCAACGCAGGCCAGCGUACGUGAGCUGCGCGGUUUCGGGCUGAGCCCGGACAUGAUUGUGUGCCGGUCGGAGAAUCCGAUCGGUGAUGAGGUGAAGGACAAGAUCAGCAACUUUUGUCACGUGGCACCGAACCAGGUGAUCUGCAUACACGAUCUGUCCUCGAUCUAUCACGUGCCACUGCUGAUGGAACAGGCGGGUGUGAUCGACAUCCUAAAGGAGCGUCUGCAUCUGAACCUGCCCACACCGAGACCGGCCAAUUUUAUGCAAUCUUGGCGCGAUCUAGCGGAGCGGGUUGACAAUGUGUACAAGAAGGUGAACAUAGCGCUCGUCGGCAAGUACACCCGGCUGCAGGAUUCGUAUGCGUCCGUGAUCAAAUCGCUGCUGCACGCAUCGAUUGCGGUCGGGUACAAGCUGAACCUAACGUUUAUCGAUUCGUCCAAUCUGGAGCGUGAAACGAAAAUGGAAAAUCCAAACCACUACUACGACGCGUGGCACGAUUUGACCAAUAGCCAUGGUAUUAUAGUGCCCGGUGGGUUCGGUUCGCGAGGCAUUGAAGGAAAAAUUCGUGCCUGUCAGUGGGCCCGUGAAAAUGGCAAACCAAUGCUCGGCAUCUGUCUCGGAUUGCAGGCCGCCGUCAUUGAGUUUGCGCGUAAUGUUUUGGGACUAGCGGAAGCAAAUUCAACGGAAUGUGAUGAAAAAACGCCCCAUCCGCUGGUAAUCGAUAUGCCCGAACAUCAUACGGGCAUACUGGGUGGAACCAUGCGGCUCGGAAAGCGUACCACCAUCUUCCGGGGUGACAGCAAAAUACGCCAGCUGUACAACUACAAGGACCAGAUUGACGAGCGUCAUCGGCAUCGGUACGAGGUGAAUCCUAAGUAUGUGGCGCAGCUGGAACAAAACGGUAUGCGGUUCGUUGGUACGGAUGCGGAACAGGAGCGCAUGGAAGUGAUGGAGCUCACGAACCACAUCUACUACGUGGCCACCCAGUUCCAUCCGGAGUAUCUGUCGCGUCCGCUCAAACCUUCGCCGCCAUUCCUGGGACUGAUUUUGGCCUCGGUAGGCAAACUCGAGUCCUAUCUCGCUGACGGACAGAAACUGUUUCAAAAGCAGCGCAACCUUAACCUAACGUUGGCACGCGAAACCUCCAACGAAAACGAUCUCCAGCAAAUCCGAGAGCGUGCCAACGGGGUAAAGAACGAGCCGACGAAUGCUGUGCAGCCCGUCGUUGGUCCUUCCAAGAGUACAGCGCAAGUGAACGGUACCGGACCGUCGACGCCGGUCCGGGAGAAUGGAGUGCAUGAAAAUGGCGGAAUGGAUUAAAUAAGGGCGGGUAAGUGUAGUAUGGUUUUGCUCUUGCUUAAAUAGUUUGUAAGUUUGCAAAAGUCGGAGUUAUUGGAGUGGAAUGUCUGGAACGAACUGGCAACUGAGGUGGGUUAAAAGUGUGUGAAAAGACUCAACUUCAGGUGGGAACACAGAGCGUUCGCCAACGCUAACGAACAUAUAUUCAGCAAGAAAUCUAAUUUCUAUCGUUACAUUGAAGUUUAACUCAAUUCUAUAUAAAAAGAACCUGAAAAUUGUGUAAACAGUUAAAAAGGAUUUGAAUUAAGCGAUUUGCUUUAAUUUUUACUUGAAAUAUUCUUUAUACUUCACAUUAUUUACAAUUAAAAGCACAGAUAUAACACCUGCAAACGCUGAAAAGUUAGAGAGAAAGUCGAAGAAUAAAAAAGACAGAUAGGAAGAUGUAAAGUAAACUAGUGGAAACCCUUCAUGAUAGAAUUGAUCAUCGACUUGAGAGAUUGGUGGUGUACAGAAAAUAUUAAAAAUCUCCAAAUACACAGGUCUUGCAAGUACAAUGAUCGUCACAACAAAAACUUUUUUCCCAAUUGAUCAACGUUUUAAAAUGUUAAUAGAACAGAAGAAGUAAUGUGCUAUCAAGUUAUAGGCCGGCUUUGAGCUCCCAUAGCUAGGAUGAAACAAAUUGUGUAAACGUUAAUGAUAUGAUAAAACAUAAUCAUUUCUGACCUUUCUUCCGAUUGAUCUAAAAUCUAUUGAGCUCUAAAUGUGCUAAAAUAAAAACUCCAAAUGCCAUCAUUAUUAAUUCGUAUGGUACGCUGGAAACGUAUAAAAAGAGAGAGAGAGAGACACAGCUAAAGUGAAGCAGCAAUCGAUGAAUUCGGUAAAAGUAAAAUAAAAUCUGCCUUUUCUUAAACAACUGUGAAUGUGGUUAAAAAAUAAUAAACGACGCUAAAUAGAUUAUUGUACGAAUAAAAAAGGAUAAACCAUUCUUACUAGACCAGAGCUUUCGAUUGAUUUUGCUUGUGAAAAUAGUUUAAUAAAUUUAGUUUGUUCAGUUGCUA